CAAAUAUCAUUCUUUUUUGUCUUCAUUCACAACUUCAUUCAUAAUAUGACAGUAGAAAGUGAGGAAGAAUAUAAAUUGAACUCUACUUCUUCUGAAGUAACCACUGAUGAACAACAAGAUAUGAAAAGUGCUGAAACGCAGAAAAGGUUCAAGAACUUUCAACGCAGUUACUUGGUAGUUUAUUUAACAGUGAUGGGUGCUGAUUGGUUACAGGGACCAUAUUUAUAUAAACUAUACACAACAUAUGGUUUAGCUUUUGAACAUAUUGCCUUACUCUUUCUUACUGGAUUCCUUAGUGGUGCAUUUGCUGGUACUGCUCUAGGUAGUAUGGCUGAUUCUUGGGGUCGAAAAAAAGUAUGUUUAUUAUUCUGUGUUACUACGAUUGCCGCAUUAUGUUUACGAAUGAUGAAUAUCUAUCCUGUAUUGGUUUUAUCUCAUGUAUUAUCUGGAGCAUCCACAGCAUUAAUGUAUAGUGUUUUUGAAGCUUGGUAUGUUGCUGAACAUACAACUCGAGGUUAUCCAGCGGAUUGGCGAUCUCGGACUUUUGCCACGGCCACUUUUUUGAAUGGAUUUGUUGCUAUCAUUGCUGGUUUAGUCGCUAAUCAAUUGGUCGAUUUUUUCGGUGUUAGUGCUCCUUACUUUUUCGCCAUGGUACUUUUGGUCUUUGCUGGAUUCAUGGUCUCUACUACCUGGACUGAAAAUUAUGGUGAAGCUCAAGGAAAUCGUGAUGUCAAGUUGGUGGUUGCAUUGAAACAAGGGUGUCAAGUACUAUUCAAUGACUCUAACAUCCUUAUCCUUGGUACUGCCCAAACAUGUUUUGAAUGCUCAAUGUAUGUCUUUGUUUUAUUAUAUACACCUGCUAUUGAAAAUGCUGCAGCUAAUCAUUUUGAUGAUGAUCAGAAAUUACCUCUUGGUUAUUUGUUCUCCACCUUAAUGUUUGCUGUCAUGUCUGGUUCUUUAGCUUUUCAAGCACUUGAUCGUCAAGCAACUCUACCUCAAGCACGUGGAUUGGCUCGUUUCUGUACAAAGGAUCAUUUAUUAGUAAUAGCUCUUGCGAUUGCAAGUGCUUCAUUUACGUGUAUGGCUUAUGGAAUAUCAUCAAUGAUCAUGCUGGGAUUAUCUUAUCAUGCAUUUGAAUUUACAACGGGUAUGUACUAUCCAUCCAUCUCUUCGUUAAAAGCUGAUGCAAUCCCAGAAGAAUCAAGAGCUUCUGUCAUGACCCUUCUCAGAAUACCCAUGAAUGUCUCGAUUGCUAUCCUAUUUUGGAAUGUGGACGUUAUUAGUCACGAAACGUUGUUUGCUUUGUGUGGAAUUAUGACUCUUGUAGGUGCUACCUUGAUGGUAUGUUGCUACAAAAAAUAGAAUAGAAAUCCUUAUAAUAAUCUUCUUUAGUGAUACCACAUUACCCUUUUAUUUGCCAUUCACCUGAAUUUUUACAAUAAAACAAUGUACUUCAACCUGUAUUUAUCAUAGUGAACAUUAAAAAAUUAUCUAUCUUUUUCUUGAAGCAUAACAUAAAAUCGUGA